AGGUGUUCAGAUUAGGGGAUCCGGUUCUUCCAGAUUGCACGGCGGUGGUCGGGUCAUGUGAUAACUUUCACAUGAUCAGGAGUCACAUGACCAGGAGAGAAAUACAGCAGACUUGACUGAGCGGAGACGGGGCUGCAGCAACCCAGCGAGCAAAACUUGCAACGAAACGCUCUCCCACCGAAUUACAAAAUGGACGCCCUGUCUGUGGUUUUCAUGCUGGCAUUCUCCUCGGCCGCCUCUGCCCUGGAUAAUGGCCUGAUGAGGACCCCUCCAAUGGGCUGGUUGGCAUGGGAACGGUACCGCUGUAAUAUCGACUGCAAAACGGACCCCAAGAACUGCAUCAGCGAGCGUCUGUUCCGGGACAUGGCUGACCGCUUGGCGGAGGACGGCUGGAGAGAUCUGGGGUACGUGUACCUCAACUUGGACGAUUGCUGGAGCUCCAUGCUGAGGGACAGCGAGGGGCGUCUCCAGCCCGACCCCCAGCGCUUCCCCAGCGGGAUCCCUGCCCUGGCCGGGUACCUGCACGCCCGGGGGCUGCGGCUGGGCAUCUACGCUGACCUGGGCAACUUCACCUGCGGGGGCUACCCCGGGACCACGCUGGAGGUGGAGACGGACGCCAGGACCUUCGCGGAGUGGGGAGUGGACAUGCUGAAGCUGGACGGGUGUUACUCUAACGAGACGGAGCAAGCAAAGGGUUACCCCCUCAUGUCUCGCGCCCUCAACGCCACGGGCCGUCCCAUUGGCUACUCCUGCAGCUGGCCCGCCUACCAGGGCGGACUCCCUCCCAAGAUUAACUACAAGCUGGGGCAGAUCUGUAACCUGUGGCGGAACUUCGAUGACAUCGAUGACUCGUGGGACAGCGUCCUCGGCAUCCUGGACUGGUUCACGGACAACCAGGACGAGCUGCAGCCCGCCGCGGGGCCCGGCCGCUGGAACGACCCUGACAUGUUGCUGGUGGGUGAUUUCGGGGGGGGGGGUCUCAGUCUUGACCAGUCCCGCUCUCAGAUGGCUCUGUGGUCAGUCCUGGCCGCGCCCCUCUUCAUGUCCAACGACCUUCGAACCCUGAGGCCCGGAGGCGCGGAGAUCCUGCAGAACAAACUGGCCAUCGCCAUCAACCAGGACCCCCUGGGGGUGCAGGGGAGGAGGGUGCUGAAGUUGAAGAGUGGUAUCCAGGUGUUCCUGCGUCCUCUUUCUCGCUCCGCCAGCUCCCUCGUCUUCCUCAGCCGAAGAACAGACAUGCCGUUCCGCUACGAGACCUCGCUGAGAGAACUCAACUACACCAGCGGAGAAUACCGGGCCGUUGACGUUUUCACUGGAGCGAUAAUCACAGGGCUGACCGAUGACAAGAAUUUCACCGUGGUCAUUAACCCCACGGGGGUGGUCAUGUGGUACGUCUAUCCCACAGUGCACCACGGGCGGGGGGAGGGGCGGGACCCAGACCCCCGUCUCAAAUACAAACCGGAAGACGACAGCCCGACUGGGAACCAGUGGCCUAACUUUCUGUAAUGUUGUUGUUUUUUUUUUUAAAUUCCUCCACACAGCGAGAUCUGUGAGCCAAUCAGGAACAGAAUAUAGUAACUGAUUUUAUAAUAGAGUUUGAGGAGGUAGAUUACAUUCAUUCUGUGAGUGAGUGGGAGGAGCUAGGGUGGAGUGGGAGGAGCUAGGGUGGAGUGGGGGGGGGCUAGUGGUGGAGUAGGAGGGGCUAGAGUGUAGUGGGGAGGGAUUAGUGGUGGAGUAGGAGGGGCUAGGGUGUAAUGGGGGAGCUAGGGUGGAAUGGGAGGAGCUAGGGUGGAAUGGGAGGAGCUAUGGUGGAGUGGGUGGAGUUAUGGUGGAAUGGAAGAGGCUAGGGUGGAGUGGGAGGGGCUAUGGUGGAAUGGGAGGAGCUACGGUGGAGUGGGUGGAGUUAUGGUGGAAUGGAAGAGGCUAUGGUGGAAUGGGAGGAGCUAUGGUGGAAUGGGAGGAGCUAUGGUGGAGUGGGUGGAGUUAUGGUGGAAUGGAAGAGGCUAGGGUGGAGUGGGAGGAGCUAUGGUGGAAUGUUAGAGGCUAGGGUGGAGUGGGAGGAGCUAUGGUGCAGUGGGAGGAGCUUAUUAGUCAAUUCACAGAAUUAUGAAUUGUUGGUAUGCAAAAUGAAAAGGAGAUUAUAGUUUUACAAAAAAAAAAUGGUUUAAAUUCAGAAUCAGGGAUUUUUUGUGUCUGUUUUCAAAUUAAAGAUGUUGAUAUCGUGUCUGUAGAUUUUAAUAUCUGAUUUUUUCACUAUUAAAAAUGUUGUUUAUAAA